AUGUUCUUGCUCCUAACUAUCUUUUCCUCCUCAAAGACGCUUUUAUCCAGUUGUGCCAAAUGCCAAAAGGAGUAUUCUAAAUUUACAAUGGGUCUCCACAAUGCUUCCAUUAAAACAGAUUUUCCUUUUUGCAAAGGAAGUGAAAAAUGCAACAAGGUAGCUUCUCAGCUCCAAAAUAAGUUUAAAGAUUUAGUAACAACACAUGACGUCUGUGUUUCCUUGGGUAAAUGCCGUCCCAAACCACAACCACUUUCUCAAAAUUCUCCAAGAAAAGGAUCAUCAAGCAUUACACUUCAUGAAACCUCUAAUAACUGCGAAUUCUGCCAAAACCUUAUUGAAUACUUAACUGGUGAUGGUCUAAAGGAAAUUUCUCUUCCUAUAUUGACUGAAUUCGUUAAAAAUGUCUGCUUUGCAAUGAAUUUCAACAUGCUUUGCGGUAGCGUAAAUCAGGCAAACGUUGAUACUUUAAUUUAUCUAGUUUUAGCUCACUUUGAUACCUUAGAACUUUGUAACACUGCAGGAUUUUGCCAAGAUGACUAA